AUGAUUGCCGUGAGCAGCCAGUCCUUCCUUCUCGCCCUCCUGGUGCUCGCUGUCGUCUGCAGCAUGGCAGCCGCCCAGUACGGCUUCGGACGUGGAGGCUUCGGAAGGGGCUACGGUGGCUAUGGUGGCAUUGGCCGUGGAUUCGGAGGAGGAAUCGGUCGCGGCUUUGGCGAAUACGGUCGUGGACCGACCACAACCAAGAUUGCCGUGAGCAGCAAGUCCUUCCUUCUCGCCCUCCUGGUGCUCGCUGUCGUCUGCAGCAUGGCAGCCGCCCAGUACGGCUUCGGACGUGGAGGCUUCGGAAGGGGCUACGGUGGCUACGGAGGAGGUAUCGGCCGCGGAUUCGGAGGAGGAAUCGGUCGCGGCUUUGGCGGAUACGGUCGUGGAGUCGGAGGCCUUGGACGUGGAUUCCUCAGCUGA